UUCGAAAUUUUGCAUAAUUUGUAUACAGCGUGACGUACUUACAGAUGAAGAAGCUCUCUGGUAUACCUAUACAAUACAGCUCUCAGCUGCUACUUACUCAAGUUUGUUCGAUAAACAGUUCGGUGUUAAGGAUGAAAAAGGUCAGACGAAAUGCACCGGUUAUCGUCGUUCAGUGAAACGAUUGAUUCGGUGCACUUUGGAGCGUAGGAAAAAAAAAAGGGUUGUAGGCGGAAGAGAGGCGGCGCUGCUGCCGUUCUCGCUGAUUUUUCUCGCACGACGACGGCGGUCCGUUCGACGCGCGUCAGUCGCGCUCGUACGUCUCUGGUCGACGGUCGUGCUCCUCGCACACUCUCGUAGCUCUCGCGUCGUCCCGCUAUCGUGUGUGUUUCUGUGAGAGUGUUUACGUCAUCUGUCUGUCUGUGUGUGUGUGUGUGUGAUUCCGCUGUAAUUGGGAUUUCAAAUUAUGCUUGCUCUGUAGACCAUCGGUAUGCCGUCGCCAAGCAUCGAACACCUGUGCAACGGCGCGUCCACGUUUCUGUCGCCGACGUCCGACCGCGGUCUAUUGACAUCUCUGAAUCACAGUUUGAGUUUUGUGAAACUCAAUCGCCGGUCCGUGUCGCCGACUUCGCUUAAGCCGUUAAACUGCAGCCGUCGAUAUGCAGAAAUCGGCAAGAAAAGAUUGUUUUUUAGAGGUGAUGCGUUUCUCGAGUCUUACAUCGACGGCCUGGCAAGAUCUCAGGGCCCCGUGGUCAGCGGGACCGAGGACGAGGAUCAAGAUGGCAACCUGAUCCGCGCUGAAGACAAGCAGUUUCAGGGCGGCGAAGAAUUUCCGGACGGUCGAGAAUUCAAGUUCAACAAUUUGUCACAAGACGAAGACGAUUAUGAAACCAGCAGUGGAUCCGUGAGGUCUGGUUCGGGGGACGCGGCCAGUUGUGAUAUUGGAUUACUCGAACGUCUCAUACGCAGUCAUCCGAUAUGGUUUCUGCCGGGAAUUCAACGGGCCGGUGCUUUUCACUUGUUGCAAGGCAAAGACGACGGGAAUUUCGUCGUGAGACAGUCCAGUCAGACGGGCACUAUGGCCAUAUCCGUUCGUUUGCCCAGCGGCAAAGGUCCGUACAUCGAACACUAUCUCAUACAAGCCACUGCCGACAACCGAUUAGCUCUGGAGAGUUCAGACAAUAAGUUUGACAGCAUCCCUAUGUUAAUUGCUCAUUACGCACAGUGCUGCGAUGAACUUCCCGUACAGCUUAUGUUACCAAAAGCCAUACAGGAAGCCAAAAAUCGACAGCAACUCUCUUCGUUAGCGUUACUUGGUCAAGAAUUCUGGAGGUACCCUAUGGCUAGUUCCAGGAGUUCUCCGACAUUGGACAUAUCGCCAAAUGACGAACCUACCAAGAGGACAUUAAACACAUCUAUUUCCAGUAGUGCUGCUCACAGUCAAUCGAGUAGCCUUAGUAGUUUUAGUAGUGGCAAUAAUAAUCAAGAAUCUGGUUUUACAGACAGUCACCUGUCUAUUGAAGAAUUAUCAACUAGUCCAGUGGAAAGUAUUCAACAAGCUAAUGGGAUUCUAACUACUUUCAAAAGUUCUUCGAAAGAAGGUACACCGUCCUCUUCCGAUAACUUAUCACCACCGAUGAGUCUUGUGAGUGGUCGAACAAGACCCACACCACCCAAUACGUUAAACCUGAAAUCUUCUAAUAGUCCAAUAGUAACUUCGGAUGUUGUAAGCUCAACUCAUAUGGCUAAGACACCACCACCACCUCCUCCUCGUUGGGCCAAACCUGUAGCAGGACAACAAAAUUUUACUGUUACUACUACUGUUACAUUUAGUCUUCACAAAGAAACAACUCCUUCACCACUCAUUCAAGUAUCUUGUGGACAGUUAUCAAAGUCAACAGAUGACAGUGAAAUUAUGCCAGUGAUCAAAAGUCCAUUAGGUUCAGAAAUAACAUCUCCUAUCUCAGACACAGGAGGCGGAUUACGUUCCGGUCGCCGUACCAAAAGAAAUAGAAUAAAACAAUCUAGACACUACAGAGAGAGUGAUAUAUUAGAAACUCCUAAUAUUUAUCAUAGAAGUACUUUUGCGGAUAAAGUUAGCGACUAUGAAGACGUUUGGGGUCCUGACUCGUCUUUGUCUACAUUUAAAACUCCUUCUCAAAGCAAUAGUGGUACUUAUAAAAAAAAUACUUCAGAAGUUCCUCCAGAGAUGCCACCCGAUAUUUUGGAACAAACCACCAGUAUUCCAACCAUUCCUAAAAAUACACUAGGUCUUGUUUUACCACUAAACCCAAUUAACGAUCUCCCAUCUAUCACCGACAGUACAACCAGUUUAUUGUCACCUGGGUCACCAGAGACAAAAUCACCCGUCCCUGAAGAUGAUACGGCUGAAGCUAAACAAAGCAGCCCUUUUUAUGCCGAACCUGCGGAUGCCAUAAGACAAGCAGCUUUCCUACGUCGCAAGUCGAAACCUUCAACAAAUAAUUUCCGCAACCGCCAUUCAGAGCCGAGUUUUCUUCACCAAUGGCCAGCAUUAGUUGGCUGUAGCCAAUUAACUCGUAUUGAUUCUAAAGAAGAACUGCUAUCUCCUAAUGGUAAUUACUCUACCAACCAAGCAUUCUCGUCAUCCGUCGACAAUAUACCAUUGUUGAAAAACUCCAGAAGGGAACCGCUAAAAACUGGUAAGCCUGUAGAAACUCCACGUAUUGGUCCACCAAAGCGUGGUCAAGAUGGUUCAUGGGCAGUAGAUUCUAGUUGGGAGUUUAUUGGCAACGAAAACGAAAAUGCCAACUCAUUAGAUAACACAGAGCAAACAACAACUAGCCAACCCAAUUGUCUAAGAGAAUCUCCCGGACGCAAAGGACCUACAAUACAAGAGAUUAUUUUGCAAAGGUUGCCACAUUUGAGCUUGUACAUCAAAGAACCCAGUUCAACGUCCCGAAACAAUGAUAAUACUGAACUACCUGAUCACCAAUCUACCGAUAGCGUCAACAACAAUACUUUGAACUUAAGUGGCUUCAGCAAUCUGUCUCUUUUAUCUCAGAAUAGCGAUGACGAUACUAAAACGGAAUUUUCUGAGCCAUGGGAUAGUUCAAGGUGGGAACAUUUGUUGCCUGUUGCCAAUAAAGAACAAAAUCAAGCACAUUUAAAGCCAGUUAACCGGAACAAAAGUUUCUCUGAACGUUUGGAUCCACUUUUAGCAGUCCCACGAAUCCAAGCACUGGCACGAAGCCGCUUGAUGGCCCAAACCGGCACUGGUUCUUCGACCCGCGAGUACGCUCUACAGCUGGCCGCGGACAAGACCACCGUGUUUGCCCGGUCCAUCGACAAUUUCGUGUGCUGCACGGUCGAGUCCAAGGAGACCAACCCGUCGGUGGUGAUGAGAAACGUGCGGCAGUUCAUGUCGGGCAUGAAGAACUACCUGUUGAAACACGGCGAAAAGGAAUUCCAAAAAGUGGUGGAAAAGGAGCGGAGCCAGUUGAAACCUACCGAAUUCUUGAACCUUGACGUGAUCCUGGAAGGCGUGAUGAACAGGCUGGUGCUCAGGGAACUCCGGGAACACGUUUACAGCCUUCUGGUCGACGAGUACGUCAAUAACGGCUCGAUCCCGUCCAUGGUCGAAAACAUACACUACGCCAAGUCUAAGAGUAUUCAAGACUUUGCUGUCCGAGAAAGUUUAAUACCACCCAAUGAGAACGAUUUGAAGAAAAUAUCGGAAUGUUUCAAACGUCUCCAAGAUGCAUUUCUGCCAUUGGAAAAACUGGAACAUCUGUUAUCAGCCAUUGCUUUAAUAUUUAAUGCUGUUAAAAUGCAAAACCGAAAUGCAGAUGCAUGUCUAGGCGCUGAUGACUUCCUACCACUGCUUGUAUGGGUGCUUGUUCAAUGCAACGUCCUUACAGCUGAACUGGAGGCAGAAUACAUGUGGGGACUGUUGCACCCGUCAUUGAUCCCUGGCGAGGGAGGAUACUAUCUGACUGCACUGUGCGGGGCUGUGCAUGUUUUGAAGAGCUACAAGUCGUCCAUGGAAGCAAAUACUAUUAAUGGCGUGAAGACAUUGGGCUCCGACAAUACAUUGAGUUAUGACCCACUGAAUGAACUCAAAUCUGUUCUCAAAGUUGUUGUACCCGAUGAAACCAAUGGAUCGCUGUUGACUAAGACAUUACCUGUUAGACCACACAUGACUACACGUGACGUCUGCAAAAUCAUUGCACAUAAACUGCGCAUAACCAAUCCACAAGAUUAUUCUCUGUUCAAAUUAAUUGAUGGUCAAGAAUUUUUGUUAUCUGAAACCGAUUGUCCACAAGACAUUAAAAGUUCUACAACAGCCUGUGGCAAUCAUUGUCUAUUUGCGUAUAAACGAAUUGAUGCAAAAAUAGCUUGGCCCCAUUCACCUUCUCCCUAAGCCAUAAAACUAGAUUUAAAAAAAAAAAAAUUGAUUAUUAUUGUUUAUUUAUUUUUGUGUUUGUUUUCUUUAUAUAUUUUUUGAGAAUAUUUUAUACUAUUGUAUAACAUUUUUCUUUGUGAUUAGACUUUUAACCUGUGAACAAUAUCUUGCGCCGACCAUUAUCCUAAAUGCUAGUCAUAAAAUUUGUGUGUAAGUCUGCGUAAACUUAAACAUGUAAAUAAUGUAGUGAACACAGAAUAACACACAUUAUUAUAAUAAUCAUAAGUAUAUUAUUAUUUAGACAUUAUGUUCUUUUUUGAUCAUGUCUAAAACGUUUUUUUUAAAUUAUUUUAAUAUUUAUAAAACCUUUUUUUUCAAAGAUAUUUUAUUAUUUGUAUGUUUUUUAAACUUACUUAGUUUAUAAAAAAAAAAUAUUUCGGCUCAAUGACUGAUAAGCUUGAUACUUUGUAUUUAUGCUAAAAAAAAUAAUUUUUUUAUUGUAUGUGUACAAUCUACUAAAAAUGACAUAAGAUCUGAAAAUUUAUUAUUUUUUUUUUUUGGUUUUUAUACUUCAACUAACUGCAUCUAAAAUAUAUUUUUUACUUUAAAUAUUUUAAAAAUUAUUUGUAUUUUAAUAUGUAAACUAAUCCCAUUCAUUUGAUAUUAUAUAAUGUUAAAAUAUUAACAACAUUAAUGUAAAAAUUAGUUAACGGUUGCGUUGUCAUCUCGUUUUUAUGUUGUAAAAUAUUUAAUCAUAUAAUAUUCUUAUGUAGUUAACAAAUAAUUGGUAUUAAUGACUUCUCAAAGUGAAGCAAUUGGUUUUUAUUUUUUGCAUACAAUGCUAUUAUUAUAAUUUUUCAUUUAAU